GGAACUUGACGCUGUGUCUGUACGGAGGCUCGCAGGGUUCAGUCCGCGCCGCUCCGCUCCGACGAUGGGAGACGUUCUCUGCGAAGAGCUCGAGGACCUGGUUCAUUUCUCAGUGACCGACCUGCCGGCACGAGGCUAUGUCGUCAUGGAGGAGAUCCGACGUCAGGGGAAACUCUGUGAUGUCACGCUCAAGGUGAGACCCGCGUGCCCCUCGUGGCUAAAGUUAGCCUAGCCUGUGGGAAGCUAACAACAUGCUAACAUUAGCCGAGGCUAACAGCGGAUUAAAGGCACGCGCUACCGGCCAGUUUAGACAGGUUACUGACGUCACAGCAUCACCUGAGAACGUCAUCGGGUUAUUAAAGCUAACUGAGCUAACCUUAGCACACCUGAGUCACAUGACUCACCUGAGAGCCGAGCAGGAAGGAAGGCGGCCGCCUAUUGGCUGUCUGACUGCUGAGGUCAGAGGAAUGGAGGAGGACAGGUGAGACCGUCACUAUGAUGUCAUGACCACACCUGAGACACACUGACCAGGUGACACACAGUCCACAGGUGAGAGUCAGGGCUCAGGUGUUUCCAUGGCGACACGGUGACUCUUCCUCAGGUGAUGUUGUUGACAGGUGUGUGUUCAGGUCGUCUGUUUGACUCAGGUGAGCUCAGGUGUUGAUGAUGUCACUCAGGUGUGUCGUCGUCUCCUCAGGUGGGGGAUCAUAAGUUCAGCGCUCACCGGAUCGUCCUGGCGGCGUCCAUCCCGUACUUCCACGCCAUGUUCACCAACGACAUGGUGGAAUGUAAACAAGACGAGAUCCUGAUGCAGGGCAUGGACCCCAGGUAACACACACACACCUGAGCGCACACACACACACACACACACACACACACACCUGUACAGUGAGUCUUCAGCAGGUUAACAGAGUGUGUGUGUGUGUGUGUGUGUGUGUGCGUGUGUGUGUGUGUGUGUGUGCGUGCGUCCACAGCGCUCUGGAGGCGCUCAUUAACUUCGCCUACAGCGGCCAUGUUGCCAUCGACCAGCAGAACGUCCAGUCGCUCCUGAUUGGCUCGAGUUUCCUGCAGCUUCAGAACGUUAAAGACGCCUGCUGCAACUUCCUGCAGGAACGGUCAGUGACACGCCACUGAGCAUGCUCAGUACGCUCUGACUCAUCACCCACAGAUAGCCUGAAGUCCAGACACGAGAUGAAAACGAAGAAAAGGACAAAAAGCGACAAUAAUAACAAUAAUUAUUAUAAUAAUCACUGUGUUAUUAAUAAUAUUAUUAUGAUUGUUAUAAAGACUCUGGAGAAACCAGGAGUGUUAGACAGUAAACAGACAGUAAACAGACUGUAAACAGACAGUAAACAGACUGUAAACAGACUGUAAACAGUCAGUAAACAGACGGUAAACAGACAGUAAACAGACUGUAAACAGUCAGUAAACAGACUGUAAACAGACAGUAAACAGUCAGUAAACAGACUGUAAACAGACAGUAAACAGAAAGUAAACAGACAGUAAACAGACUGUAAACAGACUGUAAACAGUCAGUAAACAGAAAGUAAACAGACUGUAAACAGUCAGUAAACAGACGGUAAACAGACUGUAAACAGACGGUAAACGGUCAGUAAACAGACAGUAAACAGACUGUAAACAGACGGUAAACAGACUGUAAACAGACGGUAAACAGACAGUAAACAGACUGUAAACAGUCAGUAAACAGACUGUAAACAGACUGUAAACAGACUGUAAACAGUCAGUAAACAGACUGUAAACAGACAGUAAACAGUCAGUAAACAGACUGUAAACAGACAGUAAACAGAAAGUAAACAGACAGUAAACAGACUGUAAACAGACUGUAAACAGUCAGUAAACAGAAAGUAAACAGACUGUAAACAGUCAGUAAACAGACAGUAAACAGACUGUAAACAGACGGUAAACAGACUGUAAACAGACGGUAAACAGACAGUAAACAGACUGUAAACAGUCAGUAAACAGACUGUAAACAGACAGUAAACAGACGGUAAACAGACAGUAAACAGACUGUAAACAGUCAGUAAACAGACUGUAAACAGACAGUAAACAGAAAGUAAACAGACAGUAAACAGACUGUAAACAGACUGUAAACAGUCAGUAAACAGACAGUAAACAGACAGUAAACAGUCAGUAAACAGACUGUAAACAGACAGUAAACAGAAAGUAAACAGACAGUAAACAGACUGUAAACAGACUGUAAACAGUCAGUAAACAGAAAGUAAACAGACUGUAAACAGUCAGUAAACAGACAGUAAACAGACUGUAAACAGACGGUAAACAGACAGUAAACAGACUGUAAACAGUCAGUAAACAGACUGUAAACAGACUGUAAACAGACAGUAAACAGAAAGUAAACAGACUGUAAACAGACGGUAAACAGACGGUAAACAGACUGUAAACAGACUGUAAACAGUCAGUAAACAGAAAGUAAACAGACUGUAAACAGUCAGUAAACAGACGGUAAACAGACUGUAAACAGUCAGUAAACAGACUGUAAACAGACGGUAAACAGACUGUAAACAGUCAGUAAACAGACAGUAAACAGACUGUAAACAGACGGUAAACAGACUGUAAACAGUCAGUAAACAGACUGUAAACAAACAGUAAACAGACAGUAAACAGACAGUAAACAGACAAUAAACAGACAAUAAACAGACUGUAAACAGACGGUAAACAGACAGUAAACAGACGGUAAACAAACAGCUCAAAGAUGAACAGAGGUCUUGCUGACUGUUGAAUCUGGACUCUGGGAAUAAAAACAAGAAACAAGAAAAUCUGUUUGAGUUUCAGCAGAAGAAGAAGAAGAAGAACUUACCUGUGUGUGUGUGUGUGUGUGUGUGUGUGUGUGUGUGUGUGUUACCUGUCCAGGCUCCACCCUAAGAACGUGUUGGGUGUGCGUCAGUUUGCGGAGACCAUGAUGUGCACGUCUCUGUACGACUCAGCGAACAGUUUCCUCCAUCAGCACUUCGUAGACGUGUCGGUAUCUGACGAAUUUCUGGGUCUGAGGACGGACGAACUUUUGGAGCUGCUGGACUGUGACGAGCUGAACAUCAAGGCGGAGGAGCAGGUGAGGAGGAGGAGCAGGAGGAGGAGGAGGAGCACACACACACACACUCACACACUAACACACACUCACACACUAACACACACUCACACACUAACACACACUCACACACACACUCACACACACUAACACACACUCACACACUAACACACACUCACACACACUCACACACCUGUGUGAUGAUGUCUCACCUGUCAGACCCGAUGAUGAUGAUGAUGAUGAUGAAGGUGAAGGUAGAGUGAGGGGGUGUGGUCUCACCUGUGCAGGUGUUCGAGGCGGUCCUGUCGUGGGUCCAUCAUGGCCGUGAGCAGAGGGAGGCGGUCCUUCCAGAGCUGCUGUCAAAGAUCCGACUUCCUCUUUGUCGACCUCAGUUCCUGUCAGACCGGGUCCAGCAGGACGAGCUGGUUCGCUGCUGCCAUAAGUGCAGGUGUGUGUGUGUGUGUACAGGUGUGAUGAGUCAUGAACACACACCUGUCCUCUCACCUGUGGACUCACACUCUGUCGUGUUUCAGAGACCUCGUGGACGAAGCCAAAGACUUCCACCUGAUGCCGGAGCGGCGCCCUCACCUGCCCGCCUUCAAGACCCGACAGAGGUGCUGCACCUCCAUCACGGGUCUCAUCUACGCCGUGGGGGGGCUCAACAGCUCAGGUACGCUCACCUGUCUGCAGAGACCACACCUGUUUAAUGGGGGGGGUCAGAGGAGCUGACCAAUCACAGAGCGUGAUGUCACUGUCUUCGUUUCCAGGUGACUCUUUAAACGUCGUCGAGGUGUUUGAUCCAAUCGGUAACUUCUGGGAGCGCUGCCAGCCAAUGAGGACGGCUCGCAGCAGAGUGGGCGUGGCUGUUGUUAACGGGCUGCUGUAUGCGAUUGGUGGAUAUGACGGCCAAUCACGGCUCAGCACGGUGGAGGUUUACAACCCGGAGACGGACAGCUGGACACGCGUAUCGAGCAUGAACAGCCAGCGCAGGUAAAUCCACGGAUCAAUGCACCAAUAAGAACUGAUCAAUAACAUGUAACGAUCAAUAACUGUUAAUCAGUGAUCAAUAAAUGAUCAAUUUGUCUGUGUUAAUCAUUGAUUCUUAACGAUCAAUAAAUAUCCAAAACCAAUAAGUUAAUAACUGAUAUAUUAACUUAGAGUACGAUCAAUCACUGAUUAGAAAUGUAUUGAUAAGUAAGCUGAUAAGUAAUCUAUCGUGUGACAUUGAUGUGUAACAAUCAAUAACCAUGAAUAACUCUGAGAUUAAUAACUGAUCAAUAACCAUGAAUAACUCUGAGAUUAAUAACUGAUCAAUAACCAUGAAUAACUGACUUUAAACUGUCAAUAACAGUUAACCGAUCAAUCAAUGUCAGUAAUGAUUUGGAUUGAUAAACCAUUGAUAACUGAAGGAUCUGUUCACUGAUCUGACAUCAUCAAUCACUGAUCAAUCACCGUCAGCUGGUCGUCUCUCUGUCUGUCAUCCUCAGCGCCAUGGGAACGGUGGUGAUUGACGGACACAUCUACGUGUGCGGCGGUUACGACGGGAAGUCGUCUCUGAACUCGGUGGAGUCUUAUUCUCCGGAGACGGACAGGUGAGUGUCACCUGAGCCCUUCAGUGGGCGGGGCAUGUGUGUGUCCAUAUAUGGGCACGUGGAGGAAGCUGCUUUGAUUCUCUUCAUUAGAGACGGCGAUCAAUAACGGGUCGUUCACGUCGGUGAGGAGGAGAGAUCAGCGCCUCCUGUUGGUCCGUUUGAAUUUUAAAAUGAUUUAAAUUAAAAAAAAAAAAAUUUAAAUCUAUUUUUAUUCAUUUUUUACACAAAACAACAAAAAACUGAAAAAAAUCUGCUUUUUAUUAGCAGUUUAUAUAGAUGUAAGUUAUAUAGAUGUAAGUUAUAUAGAUGUUAGUUAUAUAGACGUCAGUUAUAUAGAUAUCAGUUAUAUAGAUGUUAGUUAUAUAGAUGUUAGUUAUAUAGAUGUCAGUUAUAUAGAUGUUAGUUAUAUAGAUGUUAGUUAUAUAGAUAUCAGUUAUAUAGAUGUUAGUUAUAUAGAUGUUAGUUAUAUAGACGUCGAUUAUAUAGAUAUCAGUUGAUUUCAUUACAUAACCCCUUCAUUGUUAUCUAUAUCCAGUGUGUCCUUCUGUGUGUGUUUUUGUGUGUUUCUGUGUGUGUGUGUGUCCUGCAGGUGGGUGGUGGUGACGGAGAUGAGCGCCAGUCGAAGCGCCGCCGGAGUGACCGUGUUUGACGGACGGAUCUUUGUCUCAGGCGGCCAUGACGGUUUACAGAUCUUCAACACGGUCAGUGUGAUGGUUCAAGUACAGGAUCAGGUCUACAGAGUAGACCUGAGAGUCCAGACUAACGAGAUCCGGUUUGGGGACCAGAGAAGUUCUUGGAUGGGAGUGUACUGGAGUAGAGCAGAAGAUCAGAUGUUCCUGAUAUUAGCCCCACAGGGGAAAGUCCAGAACACUUCUAAACUGGACUGUGUGGAUGAGAAUAAAAUAGAGUCCAGUAGAACGUUUCGAAUGUCCAGGUUGAAUGAAACUCUAAAGUCUGAUUGGAUGUUCUAUGACAGUGGUUCUCAACUGGUGGGUCCCGACCCAAAAGUGGGUCGCGGACACGUUCUGGAUGGGUCACAAACUGCUGGUCAAAAAAGUAAAUAUUUAAUGUGCAUCUGAUAUUUGACGUCUUUUAUUUUGAAAAUUAUCUUCCUUUGUGUAAUCUGAUAUUGAUUUGAUAUUUUCUGCACGUGGAACUUCGGUAGUUGUCGUCCUCAGUUCAUCUGAAAUGAACUUUACUCUGUAAAACGGUGUAUUUACGUUAAAGAUUUGAGUCUUUAAAGUUUUUUUUAUAAAAAUAAAUUUACUUGUUUUGAAUUUUAUAAAAGUGAGUCGAGACUGAAGGAUCAUGGGAAAAUGUGGGUCCCAGAGUGAGACCAGUUAAGAACCACUGCUGUUUUAGGAGGUCUUAGUUUUUACAGACAGACCCCCUCCUGACUCUUGUUCUCCACUUCCACUCCCGUCCUGCAGGUGGAGUUCUUCAACCAUCACACGAAUCGCUGGCACCCUGCGGUGGCCAUGAUGAACAAGCGUUGCCGCCAUGGGGCCGCCGCUCUUGGCAGUCACAUGUAUGUGGCGGGCGGGUACGACGGCUCAGGGUUCCUCAGCGGGGCGGAGGUGUUCAGCUCGGUGUCGGGACAGUGGAGCCUCCUGGUGGCCAUGAACACGCGGCGCAGCAGGGUGUCGCUGGUGUCAACGUCGGGCCGCCUGUACGCGGUUGGCGGGUAUGACGGACAGUCCAACCUCAGCUCGGUGGAGAUGUACAACCCCGAAACCAACCGCUGGACGUUUAAGGGGCCCAUGGUUAGUCAUGAGGGCGGGGUGGGCGUCGGCUACAUCCCACUGCAGCCCGCCUAAACCACCGGCCAAUCACAGACCAGGAACUGAUGCAUCACUGACGGCUGCAGAUGAGGAGACGGCGCCCUCUGCUGGCGUUUACUGAGCUUAAUCGGUACGACGGCCUGGCUCAGACCUGCACACUGAGGCCUGUGGGAUUAUGGGUAAAAACUGUAGAGCUAGCCUGUGGAUGCUAGCUGCUAGCACUGUGCUAACAGUGGGCGUGUGACGGAUUCAUGCUAACGUUGAUUUUUUACUUGAUUAAUAUGACCAACAGGAAGUCACUCUCUACAGACAGGAAGUCACUCUCCAUAACUAACAAAGCUGCUCUGAUUGGACGCCGUGGCUGUCAGAGCGACGGACAACCAGGAAGUGAAGCUGCAGAAACUCAGCCAAUAGAGAGACGGUUCAUUCUCAGAAACAGGAAGUAAAAAAACUUAAAUCAGUUUGGAUCCAGCAGCGCCCCCUGCAGGCGGAACAAAUGUCGCUGUCCUCACCUGAUCGGGUUAUCGAUCAUCAGCUGAUCAGAUCAAUAAAUCUGCCGCUUAACUCAGGGUGCAGCAGCUGCUAACAGUCGCCAUGGUUACAGCGAACUGUUUCUCAGUUUGCUGUGGUCAGUCUGUCCUCUAUGGGGCGCUGUAGAGUCAGGGAUCCUGUAGGGGGCGCUGUGGGGUCACUGGUUCUGGUUCUUCCUGUGAGGAUCAGGUGUGUGUUUUGAUGCAGCAGUGGACGAGUGUUCUUGAGCGUCAGUCUGACCUGCUGAGGAGGCUGCAGAGGUUCAGUGAUCAGUUUAUUGAUCAUUUAUUGAUGAUGUCAGAGCACAGAUCUAAUCAAACACUCGCCUCACUCUCCAGCCCUCCCCCCGCUGAUUGGCGUUGUCUGUUCUGUUGCCGUGGAGACGGAGGUGAGGCUAAUGGAGAGUGGCGUUUCCAGGUCCUCAGCGAUGAACUCUGAUGUUUCUGAGCCUCUGCAGCCUCCACACAUGAUUCUUUGAUCUGUUUUAUUGAUUAUUGAUUAAUUUAUGAUUGAUUGUUUCUGCUCAGAGGUUUGUGGACAUUAAAGGCUGCUGUUUCCUGAUAUCGUCCUCGUGUUUCCUGAUGUUUCUCAUUUUUAACCUUCAGACACACAAACAGACCGAGAAACUUUACAGACAGACGAGUAAAUUUACCGUAAAUGUUCACGACCCGACAGAGUGACCGUUUCACCGCCACUGAAAACAGACGUGUGUGAAUAAAAAAAAUCAACAAAUGUUUAUUUUGCUGUAAAUACGGCGGUGAAGUUAGUUUCAGGUUGGAUAUAUUUUCCUGUAAAUACGGCGGUGAAGUUAGUUUCAGGUUGGAUAUAUUUUCCUGUAAAUACAGCGGUGAAGUUAGUUUCAGGUUGGAUAUAUUUUCCUGUAAAUACGGCGGUGAAGUUAGUUUCAGGUUGGAUAUAUUCUCCUGUAAAUACGGCGGUGAAGUUAGUUUCAGGUUGGAUAUAUUUUCCUGUAAAUACAGCGGUGAAGUUAGUUUCAGGUUGGAUAUAUUUUCCUGUAAAUACGGCGGUGAAGUUAGUUUUAGGUUGGAUAUAUUUUCCUGUAAAUACGGCGGUGAAGUUAGUUUCAGGUUGGAUAUAUUUUCCUGUAAAUACGGCGGUGAAGUUAGUUUCAGGUUGGAUAUCUGACGGACAUUCUCUGAGGAUCUACCGGUGUCUUCUCUCUCUCCAUAACCGGGAAUAACAACAGCAGCGCGGUUAAAUCUACUCGAC